UAUUUAUUUUUAAGGAAAUGAAAAGACAUAAGUGGAAUAGUCAGUCUGCUGUCUUAGUGGAUUUGACUACCACUUAGCUGUAGAGCCUGAAGUGCAGGUUGCCUAGAAGAAAGACACAACAAAAAAUUGUACCAUGCCACACUACAAACUCAUUUAUUUUAACAUGAGAGGAAGAGCAGAAAUUAUUCGCUACCUUUUUGCCUAUUUAGACAUACAGUAUGAAGACCAUCGGAUAAGUCAAGAUGACUGGCCAACAGUCAAACAAACUGUUCCAUUUGGCAAAAUUCCUAUUUUAGAAGUUGAUGGAGUUCCCCUUCACCAGAGUCUUGCCAUAGGAAGAUUUCUGGCUAGAGAAGCAGGUUUGGCAGGAAAGACAGAGUUGGAACAAUGUCAAGUUGAUGCCAUCAUAGAUACGCUGGAUGACUUCAUGUCAAGGUUUCCUUGGGCGGAGAAAAAAAAAGAUAUCAAAGACCAGAUGUUUAACGAAUUGCUCACACAUGACGCUCCUAGCUUACUACAAGAUUUAGAUCUUUAUUUAGGGAAGAAAGACUGGUUUGUUGGCAACUCUGUAACCUGGGCUGAUUUCUACUGGGACAUUUGCAGCACCACACUUUUGGUCCUUAAAAAUGACUUGUUGGACAAGCAUCCUAAACUGGUAGCCUUACGAAAAAACGUUCAAAGCAUUCCUGUAAUUUCUGACUGGAUAAAACAGAGGCCAGAAACCAGAAUGUAGACCAGCAAUUGGUCUGGGGUUAGUCUUCUUCCCCUGGCUUGAACCAUGUAAAAGUCAUUCUUGAUUAUGUUUUAUGUCUUCUACAAAAAUAACUAUAAAUUUAACAUUUUCUCCACUACAUUUGUCAUUGUUGGAAAUCAAUCAAUUAAUAUGGCAUUAAUUUCCCAUUAUUGCCAUAUUGUUGUAUAAAACAAAUCAAAAAGUAUGUUGCUUCCAGUACUUUCUCCAUGGGCGUAGUAAAAGGAGUACUAGAUAUAAAAGGAUCAGGAUCA